AUGAUUUUCAAACAAAUUGCAGAGAAGGCGAGCCAAGUACUGAUGGGCUCGGACACGGUAAACCAAAACCAUUUAAAAGUGAAUACCCAGGCGAAGAAAGAAACCAAGAUGGUCAUUCCACACCAAUGCAACGGGGGGGAUACCGUUGGAAGAAACAUCUGCGUCAACACCCAACGAGAUAUAUUCACCAACAGAAUGAAUUAUAAAAAAAAAAUGCAUGAGCGAGCAAAAAAAAAAGUUAACCUUUUCUUGAAAAGAUUCAAACUAGAAGGAAGUAAAAAAAAAAAAAAAAAAAAAAAAAAAAAAAACUUCACCAAUACAUCCAUUUUGUUACUCUCACAAAAAAAAAAUGAUAGAAAAAAAAAAUUGAAGAAAAUUAAAAAACUGAAAAAGAUAAAGGACGACUAUUUAACCAUUCUUAAUUUGCAAAAAGAAUUUGUAGAUAUAUAUGAAGAGGAUAAAUCAUUCCGAGAAACCAUAAAAACUUACCAUGCCAAUGAGCUAGCUAAGGAUUGUUCCUACGCAGUUUUUCUUUUUCGUCUUUUUGUCAGAGGCGAAUAUUUGAAUGAGGAAAUUCUCACAGAAGCGUUAGCCAAGGACAAUCGUAGACCACUUGGACGAACAGACAACGUGCCUCUUCUCCACAUAGAUGACUCUAACGCAGAUAGAAAAUCACAGAUAAGUAGGAAGAGUUUGAAGAACGCCAUCGCCUUCCUCAAUGGAAGGAACACACGCCUCCUCAUGUGUGAUUAUCUAAAAAUAUUAAUGAACAAUAUACAAAAUGAGAGUGAAAUCAGCACAAAUUUCCUUAUCCUAGAAUACGUUUCUUCACACGAAAGUAAGGAACAGAAGAAUUACACACAGAUCCUUAACACAUGCAAAUUAGGAAGACACGUCAAGGAGGAGCAGUCUACUUUAUCCUACAGUCUCAGCUCUGUGAAGGAAACGGGUGUUAGCCCUUUCCCAAGUGGGGGGCCCAUCGUAGAGAACUCGCAAAAUCAACAUAUGGAUAACCAUCCAGAGGGAACUAACGUACAGAAAACUGAUAAACAUGACAACCAGCACAACCAACACAACCACGAUAACCAUGUUAACAAUUUAAUGGGCGUAACCACCAAUGGUGGUAGAGACGGAGGAGUGAUGACUCCCUCAGCAGAGUCUACACCAAAGGAGCAUGAACCUAAGGAGCAUGAACCUAAGGAGCAUCAACCCAAGCAGCAUGAACCCAAGCAGGGAGAAAAUCCAUCAAAAGCAAACGGAAGAAACACAGAUUUCAUCCAAAUGAACGAACUCCUAUUUAAUAGAAUAUUAAACAACUUCAUAACCGAACUCAGGAGCUUUUUCUUUUCUGUCAUUGCCAAAGUAGAGACAAGCCAAGUUGUAUCUGAACUCAUAAUUGGCUUCGCAGAAAUUUGCCUCACGCUAACACCUUACUAUUUGCACAUAAUAAACCUUAUAGAAAUUCUAUCGGAUUUUGCAAAUAUCAUUCCGGUUAGAUACAUGGACCAUUUGAUGUCCUUCUUCCAAAGGAACAAAAAUAUAUUCAUUGAAAAAUACAAAGAGUUUCAAAAUUUUGUUAUUUUUAAUGAUCCCAUAAAAACACAAUCCGUUGGAGCUCGACUUAUUGGCUUCAUUAAAAAUUUGCAAAAAAAAAAUUCUCUAAGUAGGAAAAAGAAAUCUUUCAAUGUUUUUUUUCUCCACAUGUUACUUUCCGAAUGUUUGCCCAUCAACCAUCUUGGCUUUUGCAACAGACAGUCGGCAAAAAAUAAUUUCCACCUUCUGUUCUACGAUUCCCUCAAGCGUUGUAAAGACACUGCCAUUGAUGAAUCCCUUAUUUAUGACGACUUCGAAUUGGGCAUCCAGGAAAAUGUGAAAAACCAUGCUAAGGUGAAGGAACUCAUUUCGGCAGAAAUUAACUCCCUCUCUCUGCAAGGAUCAACCAACGAUGGUAAUCAUAGCGGUGGCAAUUACAACGAUGGCAGCCUGACCAAUGGGGGGGAAGCACAGCCAAACGGAAAUCAUCCCGACCGGUCUGAUCAUCCCGAUCGACCUGAUCAGCUUGAUCAACCUGAUGAGGCAAAUCACACCGAUUGUACAAAUCGCCAGGAUGAGCACACCAAGGGAGACAAAUCCAAAGAGGAUGAACGUGACGACUGCGACAAGUGCGAACCGGAUGAGUCACUCCACACUUUGAGAAAAGACAAAAGAACACAGGCAAAUGGAAAAAACCUCAUCGGAAAGCGAAAGAGGGAUGAAGAAGAUACUCCAGACCAAGUCACCCACAGUGAUAAAAAAGAUACCAAGAGACCAAAGCGCAACAAAUUAUCUGAAACUCAAAAUGAAGAAAGCAAAAAUUAUAAAGUGUACUUGGCCUACCUGUAUCUCAUUUCCUUUGUCCGUUACCCAGAAAUGUGUACCGCACAAAACUGUGCCCCGCUGGAAGACGCCUACCACUCAUUUAACAUCUUCCUGGCACAUAUUAAAAAUUUAAAAAAACAAAAUAUCACCACCCCCAAAAUCAUUGCACAGUAUUUAUACAAUUCAGAUGUUGAUUUUCUAGGUAACAUACACAUAUACAAUUUGCUUAUACGGGACAAGAAUUUUCUUCGCGUCUUCUUCUUUAACCUUCUCCUUGUUCUCAAUUACCUGAAUGUUGAACUUAACAUUUUAACGCCCACAACAGAUGCACUCCCUGCCAAUGAAUACAAAUCGACUGAUUCUAAAGGAAAAGAAUCCAUCCGCUCGAACAGUGGUGCACACAAUGUAGAUUCGGUAAAUCAAUCUGCAUCUACACAGCCGUCAGAUAUAACAAGGAAUAACGAAGAAAAAAGUAGUAAUUCUUCAUUUUCGCGCAAUUCCUCCAGGACAUAUUCGAAAAAUGCUAAAGAAGGAGCAUCAAACAUAGGAAAUUAUGCAAAUACUCUUAUCGCCAAGGGUAGAGAUAACGAUUCCUCGCACUCGGCAAUAUCACCUACCAGUAGAAGUAUCCAAAACGUUAACAGAGAGAGUAAAGAUGUGAAGGAUGUGAACGCAGGUGAUACAAAAGGUAAAGACCUACCGUCGAUUAGUGAAAGGGCAAAACAUAUUCUUCACUCAUUUGUAAAGGAAUUAUUACGUUAUCUAGGGAAUUCAAAAAGUUUGCAAUUUUUUAUGAACCUUCUUGCUUCUGAGUACUGUUGGUACAGUUGGAAAAAACAACUCACCGGAAAACCGACUAGAGAAAAUUUAGAAUCGCCUUUCGAAUUUAUGCGUCUAGAAGACCAAUCGGAGAGGAAGAUAAAAAACCAAAAAGAAAAGAAUGAUCAUAUCGACAACGGAAUGCUCGACGAUAACUCCUCCCCUCUACAGACUCUAAUUCAGCUCGUACAUAAUUUUGAACUGCUAAAUGAGAAAAUGAAAAAUUAUUAUCUAGCCAAUUUGGACAAUCCAAAUUUGAUAAAAAAUUCCUACAAGUACACAAAACUGAUUGCCAGUUGUGAAAGUGGUACGAGGAAAACUACAGAGGAUCCAGAUGAGGGGGAGGCUAGCCAAUUCGCCUAUCCAACUCAUGGAGAAAACUACACCGAUGAACAACAGCUGGAUAACAGAGGAUAUAUCGCCAAGGAAAGCAUCCAUCAAACUGGUGAUGAAAUUCCCGAAGGAACGAAUGACGAACAGAACGACGUGAAGAUCUACCCACAAGAUAAGCGAGAUAUACGCAAAGUAAACAACUUCCUACUAGAAAUUAACAAAAUUUACCUCGGUAGACAAGCCGAAUUCUGGGAACUGGACGAUACGGACUCAGUCACAGAAAUGAGAAAAAAAAAAAAUGAAGAAAAAAUAUUGAUAGAAAAAUUAAUUGACAAACUGGAAGACUACAAACAAAAAAUGCAAAUUGAUAAUGACCCUAUUAAUGAAAUUGAGGAAAGCGAAAAAAGUAAAAACGACCCCGUAUUCAAAUUCAGGCUAGCCAAAUUGUUUAUCGUAAAGUAUAUUGACCUGUACACUAUCGUCAAGGACAAGGAAUUCUCCACAGACUGCGACUUCUUGUAUAAUUUGAUGGUGCAUAUGGAUAAAAAUUUAGCCAAGAAAAAAAUUCUCCUCAGCGCGCAGGAGGGAGAUGUGGGCGAGGAUGUCAAAACGGACGGGGAGGGAGCAACCGAACCGGACAAAGGGGAGGAAAAAACUAACGGGGAUGAAAAAACUAAUGGGGAUGAAAAAACUAAUGGGGAUGAAAAAACUAAUGGGGAUGAAAAAACUAAUGGGGAUGAAAAAACUAAUGGGGAUGAAAAAAAUAAUGGGGAGGAAAAAACUAAUGGGGAGGAAAAAACUAAUGGGGAGGAAAAAACUAAUGAGGAGGAAAAAACUAAUGAGGAGGAAAAAACUAAUGAGGAGGAAAUUACAGUGGAAGGCGAAUCCGAGUCAAAAGCAUAG